ACGGUGGCAGUGGCGGGGGCCACGGGGCUGGUGGGCGGGGCGCUUGUGAAGCAGCUACUUGCAGAGGGGUAUGCGGUGCGUGUGCUCACCCGCAACGUGGUGGCCGCCCGCGGCAAGCUGCCCUACCCCGGCCUCCAGUUUGUGGCGCCGGCGCAGUGGUCGGCGGCGGUGUGCGGCACCACGGCGGUCGUCAACCUGGCAGGCGAGCCCAUCGCCACGCGGUGGACCUCCGCCAUCAAGGCCGAGGUGAAGCGCUCGCGCGUCGCCGUCACCUCGCAGCUGGCAGCCGCCAUCAACGCCUGCCCCUCGGAGCAGCGCCCCAAGGUGCUGGUCAACUCCUCGGCGGUGGGCUACUACGGAAACAGCGAGUCCCAGACCUUCAGCGAGGCCUCCCAGCCGGGGCGCGACUACCUGGCGGAGGUGUGCCGCGAGUGGGAGGCGGCUGCCGGCCAGGCGCAGACGCGCGUCGUGGUGCUGCGCACCGGCAUCGUGCUGGCCAGGGAGGGCGGCGCGCUGGGGCGUAUGGUGCCCGUGUUCCAGAUCUUUGCGGGCGGGCCACUAGGCUCGGGGCGGCAGUGGUGCAGCUGGAUCCACAGGGACGACGUGACGGCCAUGGUGCUGGAGGCCAUCCGGAACGACAGCUGGCAGGGGGUGUACAACGCCACGGCGCCCAACCCGGUGCGCAUGGGCGAGCUGUGCUCAGCGCUGGGGUCGGUGAUGGGGCGCCCCUCGCUGGUGCCCGUCCCCGACUUUGCGCUGCGCACGCUGCUGGGGGAGGGCGCCAGCGUGGUGCUGGAGGGGCAGCGCGUGGUGCCCACCCGCGCCCAGGACGCGGGCUUCAAGUUCAGGUACACCCAGGUGGGGGAUGCGCUGCGCAACGUGCUGCGC